GCGGCCUCCGCCGGGUGACCGUAGCGACCGGGCCGGGGCGGCCGCCGAGGGCCGGUCCGCUGCCGGCCUGCUGAGCUCGGCAACAAGUGAAAAAAGACCCGGUGUUGCAACACGGGCCGCAAAGCGAAACUCGGGGCUGGGUGUUUUUCGCUCGGCGUGAAAUGAGCGAAAGGAUCGCGGCGCGUAUUUUCUUUCGACCAACCCUCCAAAAAUCCUCCGCCGCGCUUCAGCCUUGCCCCUUCUCCCCGCCUUGAAGUGCACAAGGGAAAUCCUGUGACAUUUCAUGGGCAGACAGAUCGCUCCGAUAAGCUCGGAGCACUCGCAUCUAUGGAGCUGUACUGAAAGAGAAUUAACAAUGAUUGGUAGUAUCUAUGAAAAUGAUUCAUUGUGCAGUCAGACAUUCACCCCAGCAGCUAUUUGGAGUGUUGCUUCCUUUAACUUUUAAGAUGCACCAAGGAAUGGCAUCCUACGUUUGCUCAGCAUACUGUUGCUAAAUCUUUGUAACUUAACUUGAGAACUAAGUUUCUGGAUGUAAAAGGAAUCAUUAAUUAUCAUGCACUGUGAAGUCACCAACAUUUUAAUUUUAGAAUAAGUCAUAUCAUGUUGCUUGAGUUUCAGACAUCUGAAUGAUUUUCUUAACCACUUAAACCCACUUUUCUCUCAGAAUUAAAGAUCUCUUAGAGUUAGAAACUAGUUGCAUGAGUUAAAACUGUAGUUGACAAGAAAAAAAAGUUUAUCUCUUGGUUCAAACCAAGACUGAAGUUUCAAAUUAGAACGCAAAAUGCGAGGGAAAUUGAUGAGCACUGUGAAAGUGAGUUAAAAUAGCUCUUCUGUUUGCAUUAUUCAAAUAUAAAUUCCAGAUUUCAAGAAGAACAGGAAAUGAUAAAUAAACCAGACAUAAGUACACAUGUUUUCUUGGUAGUACAUGCACAAGGAUUUUGGAAAAGAUUGUAAUUUGUAAAGAGAAAAUAGAAUGUUUUAAGCAGUCAGAAAGUAUUGGAUCUAAUAAGUGUUAAGCAUCUACCAAAACAUCAUCCUUUAAAGAAUGAGAAAAGACUGACUCAGGUUUGUUUCAGAUAAGGUUAUAAGGAAAAUCUGACCUUAAGGCCAGAGCAGCACUGCUGCAGGUGGUAUGUACACAGGAUUUCACCGAAGUUUUAUCAGACAGCAGUCCAUUGUACCAGCCCACCCAAUGGCUCCUCCUAGUCCCAGCACCACCAGCAGUAAUAACAACAGUAGUAGCAGCAGCAACUCAGGAUGGGAUCAAUUAAGUAAAACAAACCUUUACAUCAGAGCACUGCCUCCAAACACCACUGAUCAGGACCUGGUAAAAUUAUGCCAACCGUAUGGGAAAAUUGUAUCCACAAAGGCUAUUUUGGAUAAGACAACAAACAAAUGCAAAGGUUACGGUUUUGUUGACUUUGACAGCCCAGCAGCUGCUCAGAAGGCGGUUUCCGCUUUAAAGGCUAGCGGAGUCCAAGCACAGAUGGCAAAGCAACAAGAACAAGACCCGACUAACUUAUACAUUUCCAAUUUGCCGCUUUCAAUGGAUGAGCAGGAGCUUGAGAACAUGCUGAAACCAUUUGGGCAGGUUAUCUCUACGAGGAUACUGCGGGACUCGAGUGGGACUAGCCGUGGUGUUGGCUUUGCAAGGAUGGAGUCAACAGAAAAAUGUGAAGCAGUGAUUGCUCAUUUUAAUGGAAAAUUCAUAAAGACACCAGCAGGAGUUUCUGUUCCUGCAGAACCUUUAUUGUGCAAGUUUGCCGAUGGAGGGCAGAAAAAGAGACAGAAUCAGAAUAAAUAUAUACAGAAUGGAAGAGCAUGGCACAGAGAAGGCGAGGUGAGACUUGCUGGAAUGACACUCACGUAUGAUCCAACCACAGCUGCUUUACAAAAUGGAUUUUAUCCGUCACCCUACAGUAUUACAGCAAACAGAAUGAUCACUCAGACAUCUAUUACGCCAUAUAUUGCUUCUCCGGUUUCCACAUACCAGGUUCAAAGUCCUUCUUGGAUGCAGCCUCAACCAUAUAUAAUGCAGCACCCAGGUGCUGUACUGACUCCCUCCAUGGACCACACCAUGUCACUACAGCCUGCGUCGAUGAUAAGCCCUCUGACACAGCAGAUGAGUCAUCUUUCAUUAGGCAGUACUGGAACAUACAUGCCAGCCACAACAGCUAUGCAAGGAGCCUACAUACCCCAAUAUACACAUGUCCAGACAGCAGCGGUUCCUGUUGAGGAAGCCAGUGGUCAACAACAGGUUACAGUAGAGACGUCCAGUGACCAUUCUCCAUAUACGUAUCAGCAAAAUAAGUAACUGUGAGAUGUCCAGUGUUGACCUGGCCUGGAGAAGGGUGCAAAGGCUGAAACAAUCAUGGAUUUUACUGAUCAAUUGUGCUUUAGGAAUUAUUGACAGUUUUGCACAGGUUCUUGAAAAUGUUAUUUAUAAUGAAAUCAACUAAAACUAUUUUUGCUAUAAGUUCUAUAAGGUGCAUAAGAAAAACCUUAAAUUCAUCUAGUAGCUGUUCCCAUGAACAGGUUUAUUUUAGUAAAAAAAAAAAAAUUUUUAUCAAGUGUUAUGACGCAAAAAAAAUAUUCAAAUUUCUGGGUAUGCACAGAUGACCACGAAGACUUAUUCACGUGCAUGACAGAAUUUGUGUUUUGGUUUAUUUUUAUUUUGUUUGUUUCUUUUUUUUUUUUUUUUAAAUUGUAUUAAAUGGGUUUUCUGAAGUUUAAAAUAGUAAAACAUCUAAGAUGAUGUUCUGUGCUUGCAGUGUGUGAGUGUUGCUUUAGUGCAGUGUUGCAGUUAUAGUGUCUGGUCUUUUAGCUUUCUGUUUUUCUUUUAAUGUAGUGUGAAGUGUCUUAUCCUUUUCUAUAAAUUCCAAUUUGCCUUAAAUCUUUCAAUGCUGUAGCUGUUUCAGUAAGUAGUCCAAACUAAUGGUGUAGAAUGCUUUGACCAAAUGAGCUGGUCUAUUAUGCCUUGUAAAACAGCAGCAUAGGGCUUUUAAAGGUAGUCAAUAAAAAUUGCUGAAAAUUUG